GCUAACUGUUAGCACCUCUGCUAACGUGCUGCGUUCAGGGCCCGUUUCAGACACUCUGCGCUGUCCGCACGUGAAACUACUCGCAGUUUAUCUGCCGCUUCUUUCCCGCGUUUCAUAUUCUGUCGUCUGGGCGCAGCAGCGAUGCCGUGGCGGUGCUGCGUCCCCGGCUGUAAAGGCUACGAGGAGGCCAAGUCCAGGGGGGUCGUGUUUCACGGGCUACCGACGCGGGACCCGCAGCGCUGCAGGACCUGGCUGAAGGCGAUCCAGAACCCGAGGUUCGACGAGGACACGCCCGUCUCCAAGUACAGCGGGGUCCGGGUGUGCAGCCUGCACUUUAAACCCGAGGACUACGAGGAGGACUUCCGAGCCAAGAUCCUGAACGUCACGCCCAAACCGACGCUGAAGAGCGGCGCCGUGCCGUCCGUGUUCCCCGGGAAGCAGCGCGGCCAGCCGGGCAGCAGCGACGCGUCCCCGCCGCCGCCGCCCAAGAGGAGCAGAGCGCAGACGGCCUGCGGAGCUGCAGGGAGUUCCUCGCAGUCCGCCCCGGCGGCGGCGGCGGCGGCGGCAGACGAAAGCUUCUGCAUCGUGGUGUCUGUCGACCCGCAGGAGGACAGCUUCCACUCAGAGCCGGAGUUCAGCUCGGUGGCGGCGUCUGACGAGUCUGACGAGGACGAGGACUGCGCCGUCGUUUACAGCCGCAGCCUGAUGGAGCUCUUCAGGAUGUGUCAGACGUGCGGGCGGCCAAUCGUGGAGAAGGAGCUUUUCCACUCGGGCGCACAGAUGAGGGUGAAGUGGCGCUGUGACGGCGGACACUCUGGGCUGUGGAAGUCCUCGCCUCACCUGAGAGACGCGCUUCCAUGAAGUCCACGUGCUGCUUCCGCUGGACGGACAUUUGCAGAGUUUGAGAACAUUUGGUGAGGUUCAGAUUCAGCAGGACUCUGUGCUGCCUCGUCACGUCGGACUCCAGGACCCGGUCCAGACUGGUGCAGCUCUGUGCUUUUCUUUAGACACGAGCCAAUCCGCUUCACUAGAGGACUACCUGGACUAAAACCUGACGUGGCUACCCCAACAUACAGCGCAGCGGGAAGGAGGACUUUCCGGACGACAGUUCAACAUCCGGCGCACAGCAGAAGGCGAGCCGGAGGAGAGACGUGCGGAAGAUCCACGCGGGUGAAUGAACCCCAUCUACGGAUCCCAGUCCAACAGGAAGUGGCGUUGAUCAACAGCGAUGGCGCGCCCUCAUCCAGCAGAGCCACGGCGGCGGCCUGCAGCAGCUUCAUGAAGAAGAAGAAGCCCAGCGACAAACAGACUGGUUGUGAACGAUGCGUCCAGAUUAUCAGCGUGUCUGAAGAAUACUUUUUAAACACAGUGUUUUGCUCAGGGACACAGUGGGAAUUGAACCCGGGUCUCUUGCAUGCGUCUUAUCCACUGCGUCCCCAAUAAAGCCUCGAUGUGAGCGUU